AGGAUUCACCUUCCUUGUAGCCCAAUCAAACUCCCUAAACAAACAUUAAUUGCAAUCUCCUAUUUUUAUUGACCACUUUAGAAAAGUAGACCCAAUUUAAUUGUGUACAUUACUUUGGAAAGUGGAACAAUGCUACAAUAAUGAAGUAGAUUGUAAAGAUCAAAAAAGGUUGCACCUCAGUAUGCUCGUCGGUCCCACUGCCUGUUCGCUCACUGUGACAAAUGGAUGCCAAGUAAGAAGUCCUGUUCUGAGGUCACAUGCAACGGUCCCCUACAAGUAGUUUUCACAGAACUUUGUGACAAAAACAUACCAUAAAAAGAGAGUUAGUUGGCCAGCUGGGUAUAGCACGGGGUUAGUUGAAGGCAUUUAAGCAUCACGAGACGUAGAUGAAGAGUAGAACACAGAGCUUAGAACUGUUCUUCUGAUUUACCAGUGCCCAUUUACCUUAAACAAGCUAAAAGCACAAGCCAUUCAUGGCACUUCAGGGAGUGGAGGAGACCAUUGAGCUCUCUGCGGUCGCCGCCGGUGAGACUCCUCAACGGAAAAGCAUAGAGUCGCCGGAGCAGGGAGGCUCACUCAGGCGGCCGGCAUCGCCUCAUUUUAGCCUCUUCUAUUUCGCCGACCGGCUUGACUGGCUUCUGAUGUUAUUUGGAAGCAUUGGAUCCUGCAUUCAUGGUGCUGCGCUUCCAGUGUUCUUUGUUCUCUUUGGGAAGCUUAUUGAUUCGUUGGGUUCGCUUUCUUCAAAUCCUCAGAGGCUUUCUGACAAAGUUUCAAAGCAUGCACUGGAGUUGGUCUAUCUAGGAGCAGUGGCCAUGAUAUCUGCAUGGAUAGGGGUAGCAUUUUGGAUGCAGACUGGAGAGAGGCAGACAGCUCGUCUUAGGGUGAAGUAUAUCCAAUCUAUUUUACAACAAGACAUUAGCUUCUUUGACACAGAUGCAAGAGAUGAAAACAUAAUUUCUCAUAUAACAAGUGAUGCUAUACUAGUACAGGAUGCCAUAGGUGAUAAGACUGGGCACUGUUUGCGGUACCUAUCUCAAUUUUUUGUCGGAUUUGUCGUCGGAUUUACCUCAGUAUGGCAGCUUACGCUUCUUACCUUGGCUGUCGUUCCAUUGAUUGUCAUUGCGGGUGGCACAUAUGCGGUGGUAAUGGCCGGUUUGGCAAAGAAAGGUGAGAGUGCCUAUGCUGAAGCAGGGAAAGUUGCAGAAGAGGUAAUCUCACAAGUCCGUACCGUAUACUCGUAUGUUGGGGAAGACAAAGCUAUAGCAGCAUACUCGAGAUCACUCGAAAAUGCACUGAAACUGGGCAGGAAAAGCGGACUUGCAAAAGGAGUCGGUGUGGGUUGUACAUAUGGGAUACUUUUCUGUGCCUGGGCUCUACUUCUUUGGUAUGCUGGAGUCCUAGUCCUGCAUCAAGAUACCAAUGGUGGAAAAGCAUUCACGACAAUAAUAAAUGUCAUAUUUAGUGGAUUUGCUCUUGGACAAGCAGCUCCAAACCUGAGUUCCCUUGCUAAAGGUCAAGCGGCAGCAAGUACUAUCAUAAGGAUGAUAGAAAAGGUUUCUAACGUAUCAGAACAAUCCAAUGGAGCAGUCUUACCCCAAGUGCAAGGCCAAAUUGAGUUCUGUGAGGUCUCUUUUUCAUACCCAUCACGUAAAAGCAUUAUCUUUGAAGGUCUAAGCUUUUCAAUCACAGCCGGAAGAACUAAUGCAAUCGUGGGGCAAAGCGGAUCAGGAAAGAGCACAAUCAUAUCCCUGAUCGAAAGAUUUUAUGAGCCAACUUCGGGAAAAAUUCUUCUGGAUGGUCAUGACAUAAAGUCUCUUCAAUUGAAGUGGCUAAGAAAUCAAAUGGGAUUAGUAAGUCAAGAACCUGCAUUGUUUUCAGCUUCCAUUGCCAAGAAUAUCCUAUAUGGAAGAGAAGAUGCAGGCAUGGAAGAUAUAAUUAACGCUGCAAAAAUAGCAAAUGCUCAUUGUUUUAUUCAAAGUCUACCCAAUGGCUACUCAACUGAGGUAGGAGAGGGAGGUUUCCAGCUUUCUGGAGGCCAGAAACAGCGCAUUGCAAUAGUUAGAGCCAUUUUACGCAAUCCAAGGAUUUUACUUCUAGAUGAAGCAACUAGUGCACUGGACUACGAAUCAGAGCGACUGGUACAAAAUGCAUUGGAGAAGGUAAAGUUGGACAGGACAACAGUUGUAAUAGCACAUAGGUUAUCCACAAUUAGCAAUGCCCACAUAAUUGUAGUGUUAAACAAUGGGAAAGUUACUGAAAGUGGCACACAUGAAGAGCUGAUGACAAAAGGAGAGAAAGGAGAGUAUGCAAUGCUAGUGCAUGCACAACUAUUGGACCAUAGAAAUAACAAAAGCCUAAAUGAUCACAAAGAGACAAUGAAUUCAUCUGAAAAAGCAGUUUCUACAAAUGCAUGUGAAGUAGAAAGAAAUCAUGAGAAAGCUGGUCUAAAAACAUUAGGAAAUAAGGAAAUUAACCAAGAUUUUGGUUCAGCCAGGUCAACACCAGUCCCAUCAAUCAGAAAGAUAAUUAGAUUGAACCAACCAGAAUGGCCAUUUGCAGUAACUGGAUCACUGGGUGCUAUAUUAGCUGGUGCAGAAGGCCCUCUGUUCGCUUUUGGGAUCACUCAUGUUCUGACUGCUUUUUAUUCACAUGACAAAUCACAUAUCAGGAGUGAGAUCAGAAUGGUGUCUCUCAUAUUCAUUGGAGCAGCAAUCAUUACUGUACCAAUAUAUGUUUUGCAGCAUUACUUCUAUACACUGAUGGGAGAGAAACUCACCUCGCGCGUCCGCCUUAACAUGUUCUCAGAAAUACUUAAAAAUGAGAUUGCAUGGUUUGAUCGGGAUGAGAAUAGUAGUGGUUCAUUGGCAUUGAGCUUAGCAGCAGAUGCUACUUUGGUCCGAAGUACAGUUGCAGACCGAAUGUCAACCAUCAUUCAGAAUAUCUCACUGACAAUGACAGCAUUUAUCAUAGCAUUUGUGCUAAGUUGGCGUAUGGCAGCGGUCGUCCUUGCAACCUUCCCUUUGCUUAUUGCUGCCUCAAUAGCUGAGCAACUAUUUCUUAAGGGAUUUGGUGGAAACUAUACAGUGGCUUAUGCCCGAGCGACUUCGGUGGCCCGAGAAGCAAUCACUAACAUCAGAACAGUGGCAGCAUUUUGUGCUGAAGACCAGGUUUCAUCUCAGUUCACACAAGAAUUAGACCGGCCAAACAAGAAAGCAUUCACACGUGGCCAUAUAGCAGGAAUAGGUUAUGGCUUAUCACAGUCCUUUGCAUUUUGUUCCUAUGCACUUGGUCUUUGGUACGCAGCACAGCUUAUCAAGAAUGGAACCUCCAACUUUGGUAAUAUCAUGAAGUCCUUCAUGGUGCUGAUAAUUACAUCACUCGGAAUAGCAGAAACAUUGGCUCUCACACCAGACAUUGUGAAGGGGUCACAAGCUCUUGGUUCAGUUUUUUCAAUUCUGGAAAGGAAAACAAGGAUAGAUGCCAAUGACCCAAGUUCAGAAGUGGUGGAAGAAAUCAAGGGGGACAUAGAAUUCAGGAAUGUAAGCUUCAGAUAUCCUACAAGACCUGAUAUAACUGUCUUGAAGGAGCUAAGCUUGCAUGUAGCAGCAGGUAGAAGCCUAGCAUUGGUGGGUCAAAGUGGAUCAGGAAAGAGCUCUGUAAUAUCACUCCUGAUGAGAUUCUAUGAUCCUUCAUCCGGGGAAAUUCUAAUAGAUAACAAGAACAUUAAAAGCGUAAACUUAAGAUCCUUGAGAAUGAGAAUAGGCUUAGUUCAGCAGGAGCCAGCAUUGUUCUCCACAACCAUCUAUGAAAAUAUUGCUUAUGGGAAGCCAGGUGCAUCAGAAAUUGAAGUACUGAAAGCUGCAAAAGCUGCAAAUGUGGAUGGAUUUAUUAGUCGAAUGCCUGAAGGUUAUACCACUCAAGUUGGAGAAAGGGGUGCCCAACUAUCUGGAGGGCAGAAACAAAGGGUGGCAAUUGCCCGAGCAAUUCUAAAAGACCCAUCAAUUCUCCUUCUGGAUGAGGCCACCAGUGCAUUGGAUACAGCGUCAGAAAAGGUAGUGCAAGAGGCUCUCAAUAGACUCAUGGAAGGGAGAACAACAAUUCUAAUUGCUCACAGACUAUCAACAAUUCGUGAUGCCAAUGUUAUUGCAGUGCUUCAGGAAGGUAUAAUUCAUGAAAUUGGCAGCCAUGAGGAACUUCUUAGACAACCAAACGGCAUUUAUACUCAGUUAGUUCAACUACAGAACGAAACCCAUUAAAUUAGGAGCUAUGAAAUCUUUUUCUUUUGCUGGGGAUUCCAAAUGACUCAACAUUUGUAUUAUAACUUUAUUUGGUCAAAAGAAAUUAUUUUCUUGUUUUUAUCAAAGAAGUUUUCCAGAAUUGGCAACUCCAGUUCAAGUGGAAGAAUGCAGGCAAUUCCAAAGGUUUCAACAAUACUGUAUAUUGUAUUAACUUCCACAUACCCUUUAACAGAGUAAAAUAAAUUUGAUUUCAUC